UAUGUAUAUAUUUACAUUAAAAUGCAAAUAAUAGAUAUGUCGAUAAGAAAUCAACAAUGCUUUUCUAUUAUAACUUGAAAAGUAAUAUUUAGUAUCUGGUAGUUGUAUGAUUCGGCUUAACACAUUGAAUAUUAAACUCACCGGCACAUAAAUAAUCAAAAAAUGUGUACAAUGAAACAUUAUAUUUAUUUUAUGUUUAUACAACUGAUAUUCAAAAUUAAUUCGGAUUUUGUCAAGUCCGCCAGUGUAAAUAUAUUAUCGACUUCUCCAAUUGGUCCAUACAAGAUAGUCAUGAAACAGCUUUAUAGUUGCAAUCCUACAAAGAACAAUAAAAUUCAGCAUAACUGGUAUUUAAGUCACAGGGAUAAUACAACAUUUAUUCUUGGAAAUACAACCGGUGAUAUACCGUUUGACGACACUUUAUCUUUUGAAGUUAAAAUGGCUCUCAGAGAUUCACUCGGAAGAUGGCAUGAGAAUUCGUUUAUGCAAAAAUGGACAAAAGCAUGCACUUUUGUAAAACAAAUAGCUGGAAAUGCGUUGGCUGAAAUUUCUUCUGGUCUUGGAUUUAAUACUACCAAAUGCCCUAUACCUGCGAAUUUUUACGAUGCUCCGGGAAUGGAUAUUUCAAUAAUAAAGAAAACUAAUGUACCAAAAUCUUUUUUAUAUGGGACAUACAAGUUAAAUGUUUAUUAUACAAGACAAAAUGAAAUAUAUGGCUGUCAAAAUUAUAUUCUGGAAGUUAAACGUCUUUAAAAAAAAUAUAUAUUUAUUAAAUAUUAUUUGUUAUUAUAAUGUUUAUAUAAAUAUUUGGUUUAAUAUUUAAAAAAAAAAUAAUUACCUAAUACCUUAUUCUUUUAUUCUAAAAAAUUACAAAAUUUUUGAAUGAUUAAUACAUUCUUUAUCAUAGUACAUGAUCGUAGUUAACAUCCUUUGCCAUACAUUAGAAUCCUAACAAAUUAAAUCAACUUUAUUGCCUCCACUUAAUCAGAUCUGUGAAAUUGACAGUACCUAUUGUAACGAAAUGGAGAGUUCACUGUUUGACCUGAUAAUAGCUGAGACGAUGGUUACAUUAGAUUAUUUGAAAUUAUAUGCAAACCUUCAGUCUAAGGCAGUUAUUCUCAACUGGGGAGACAUGUCACCAUAGUUUGAUAUGGACCAAGCUAGAGGUGACGUGAAAUAUUACAGGUGAUAAAUUAUUAUUAUAUUUGCUCUUACUUUAUUUAAUUUGCCAAUUUAAUGUUUAAAUUGUUUAAAGUGUCAACGUUUUGAA